CGCUGAUACCCCUGGUGGAGUCUCCCGGGGCCCUCAGCGAGUCCCUCGGGUUACCUUUCGGCCCACGUGGCUCUGGGCCACUGCACACCAGAACCUGGGCGGGACCGCGCAGGGGGUCCCAGCGACGGUGUCUGCCCCAGACCUCGCACUACGGCCUCCUCGGCGAGCCUCUGCCGCCCUAAAAGUGCCGACGGUGGUGCGUGCGCAGGACACAGACGAAAAUUACCAUGUCUUCUUCCAGACUGGGGCUCCGUUUGGCUGUCUGUUUAUUAAACAUUUCAGAAGCCAGAAGAAAAUACAUUGUUGAGAACGUAGCGAAAGCAGCUCUUCUUGAAAAAAAUGGGCAGAAACAUCCUGAGGUAUCAGUGCUCAACAUAUUUUCUGAUCAAGAGUACAACAGAUCAGUCAUUACAAUAGCAGCUUCUGUUGCUGAGUUAGGCAAUUCCAUUCUGGCUGCCUGCCUGGAGGCCUUCCAGUCAAUUGAUAUGGAGGUUCAAGAGGGGAUCCAUCCUUGCCUGGGAGCAGUGGACCUGAUUCCCAUUUACCCUCUCUCUGGUAUUGGAGUGGAAGAGUGUGGAGCUGUGGCCAGAAGCCUUGCUGAGAAUCUGGUCCAGGGUGUUCCUGGCUGCAGUGUGUUUCUCUUUGGUGAGGCUGACCUGCCUGAGAAGCGCACUCUUGUCCAGAGAAGGAAACAACUGGGCUGGUUCACAAGGAGGGAUUUCAGUGCUCUUAAACCUGACCUGGGAGUUGCACCUGCCCGAAGAUGUGGUUUAACAGGCAUCGGCGCUAGCCCAUAUGUGAUGAACUGCAAUGUUACCAUAGAUUCUCAAGACUUGGCUCUGGGAAAAGAGAUCGCUAGCGCCAUUCGGGGCUCAAAUGUGAAUGGAUUGAAGGGCGUCCAAACGAUGGCUUUUCCUCACGAAGGGAAAAUUGAGAUAGCUUGCAAUGUAGAGAGUUUUGAAGAUCAAGAAGUUACAGAAACCUCAGAAGGCUCUCAAUACAUGGCUUACAGUGUCCUUGGGGACCAUUUUUAUUAUGUAUCUCCUCAUUACAUAGAAGCUCAAGUUAAAAAAUUGGCAAGUGAUCGGGGAAUUGGUACUACAGGGAGAGCAUUAAUUGGAUUUACACCCCAAGAGUGCAAGAACUGUGCUGAAUAUGCUAUUAAGGAAGGUAUCGGGGAGUUCUGGAAGAUACGCAGAGGCAUUUUCAUGUGAUCCAAUCUAAGGCUUCAUUGAAAUUGUAAGGAAAAAGUAUCAGCCAUUACAGAGUUUUCUUUUGGCCAGUGAAGACGAGUGGAAGAUCCAAGAGCUUGGUUCCAGCUGUGAAUUGGAAAACUGGAAGCAUUCUCUGUCCAGUGACAACAACAGAUGUUUAUAGAUUGUCCAUAAUCGCCUUAUGAUAUUUCUAGUCGUCAUUAAAACUUCGUGAAAUCCUCUUCUGUAUCAAGUUCAUGCACUUGCAUGUACUAGAAGCCCUCCUGAAUCAGCUGGGUAAAAUGGCCAUCGUUGCCAAAUCGUCUUUAAUUAUCAUGAAAUAAACUAAAAAACGGACUCAAUUUAUUUGGUUUUCCUGACCUCUCUAUUCCAGAGUCCUGUAUUCAACUCUCAUUUUUUAAGUAAUCAUUUUUUUAAUGUGCACUUUUAAAAAUCAAGUACUAAGUAACUAAAAAAUGGGGAGAAUUAUAAAAUAAAAUUACUCUUUCGAAGCAUGAUUGUUCUUUUCUGCCUUGUUUGGGAUGACCCACUGUUCGUUCUGGAGAUAACUCCAAAAAGCCAGAUUUGUCUAAUUUUUUUAUGUUUA